AAUCACACCCUGUGUGCGGCCUGCCAGGCACUGUGGUCUCCGCAAGCUACACAGCUGGGGCGGGCGUGAGGAGACGCCAUGACCCCCAGCCUCGCAGCCCUGCUCUGCCUGGGGCUGAGUCUGGGCCCCAGGACCCGAGUGCAGGCCGGGACCCUCCCCACACCCAGGCUCUGGGCUGAGCCAGGAUCUGUGAUACCAUGGGGGAAGCCUGUGACUCUCUGGUGUGAGGGGACCCUGAUGGCCCAGGACUAUCAUCUGAAUAUAGAGGGAAUCCAAGUGCCCUGGGACAGCCAGCAGCCACUGAAGCCCAGGAACAAGGCCAAGUUCUCCAUAGAAUACAUGACAGAGCACUAUGCAGGGCGAUAUCGCUGUUACUACCGAACCCCUGCUGGCUGGUCAGAGCCCAGUGAGCCCCUGGAGCUGGUGGUGACAGGAGUCUACGGCAAACCCAGCCUCUCGGCCCUGCCCAGCCCUGUGGUGACCUCAGGA